CGCAGGCCACUGGCACUUCGCCAUUGAAGGGAGCGAAUUACAAGAAAAAAGCAGUGUUCAAAACUGUGUCUCUCUCUCAGGGUCAGCUUGCUUAGUACUGGAUCUGUUCAGCUGCAGGGACAGGCGACCAUAGAUUAGUGCUCGUUCGCAGGAACGUUUGCAAGCAUGGUCUUGUGAAGAUAUUUGCAGUCCGGAGAAGUGCGGUGGGAUUGUUCGUGUGUUCUUCGCAUACACUUUGGUCAAUGGUGUCAGGUUUGAAUUUUUCAGGCUCCACAACAAUUCUAGCAUUCGAGGAUUGGUCAUGAUAGCAAUCCAGUUAAUAAUAAGUAAUUAGUUCACGAAAGACCAUCCCGCCGCAUAGUGCUUGCAGUAAACCAUGCCUGAGUGUGAGAACGCAUGGUCAACGAGCAGCUAGUGUUCCGACACUCCUAGCUAGCGAUCCAACAAGCGAGCAUAUCGCCUAUCCCAAUUGGCCCAACCCAGGGUCAGGCAGGCGAGGGCGCAACCGGUGAUCUAAAAAAGGGCUAUCCCUUGGACUGGGUGCCGGCGUGGGUUGCCCAAACUACCGAAGAUGAAGACCAGCAGAAGUCAGCGUAGUGCGUGCAGGUGCUCCGGAAGAUCUGUGUCACUGUGCGGAGGAGUCACUUCUACUCUGUCUGUAUGGAUUACGGUGUUCGUGGCUGGUCAAUGCACAACUACUACUGUGCUAGCGCAGAGUGCAGAUGAGCCAGAUUCAGGAGGCUCCUCCAGCGGCAAUGUACUGCUUUGGAGUCUGGUUGGCGGUAUCCUCGGUCUGGCUUUCAUCUUUGGUGUAGCGUUGUGUGUGCUGGUGGUCUGGAUGAAAGCUAAAGACAGGAGAAUCCGUCGGCACGCUGCCUCCAGAGGCUCCUCAAUGGGCUUGCUAGACACCCGGAGUAGGAAUAUGUCCACUUUGUCAUCCAUCUCCACCAACGCUGAUCCCAACACGCCGUGGCGAGAUCAACUGUCACGCUCAGCAGAGACAACCAUGACGUCCGUGGACGGCAGCCUAUCAACUCUGGCCCUUCAAGGGUCCGAAGUCCUGAUACAGAAAGCACGUCUGCAGCCGCAGCCAGCACCAAACAUUGUCCUGACCUUUCGCCAAUCACCUGGAACAGGCGCGAAAAGUGCCACCAUGCCUGUUGAAAAGAACAAGCAUGGCGUAAAUGACGUGGAGUCUACAUCAGCGUUCUCCGCACACGUUGCAAGCGCAAUAGCAACUGCCGAUGCGGACAGGAACAGCCAAGACAUGGAAUUGAUUUGGCCUGCAAGAAUGACACCCCUAGCGGAAACAUCACGGGAAUGCAGUCGAGACUCAACCCUUCAAAAGCCUUCCUCCGGUGGCAGUUCUCUGGCCCGAGCAAGCAACACGAGCACCCGGAAUCCGUCCAGUUUAUCGCGAGGGGGAACAGCAGAGAAGGUAGCCAACGAGCUGAAGGAGCAAAUAAGCACCGGCGCAAUCAGUGAACUGGCUACCGAUGGUGAUGCGACGCACACUACGGCAGGCACUGGUGUUAGUGAUAUGCACGGAGGCCAGCCAUUACCAGUGACAAGCACUCCGAUACCGCCAACUGCUGCAGCUGCUGCUGCUGCCACUGCUGCUGCUGAUCAAGACAGUGCUGGGCAGCAGGGCAGGAAGGAAAGUGUAGUCAGCGUGGACUAUCCAGAAAAUGACGCCAUUGCUGUCGGCCAUCUAGACAGCCUUCAGCGGGCGCUGAACAGAGAAAUGAUCGAUACCGGUGAUGAUAUCUUUGAUCAAGACGAGGCGCAUGUUGACACGACUCGUGACCAUGCCUUGAAGUUUAUAACUCCUAUCAGCAUGAUGCAUGGCAGCGUCGGCGAUGUGCCUGAAGAGGAUGAAGCGCGUGUCGGCGCACAGGAUCGAAACGAUGACACGACACUAGUCAGCGUGACUCAUGAUGAUGUCACUGGUUUGGAUGACACUAACGAAGCACAGUGUGGUGGUGCUGAUACUACCAAGAGUACAGGUGGUACUGACGUCGUAACAGCAGCGGGAGGAGUGACGGUGGAGCUAGGGCAGCAGAGCAAACCAGCUGACAGCGCCUACGCUGAGAAUGGGCGCAGUGCAGUGGAGUUAUCCACCUCAACACCAGUACCAGCAACAGCAACAAUGAGCGAGAGUACCACGCCAUCGCAGACAUUGCAGGAUUCGGCAAGCGGAGAAAUCGCAGAUAGUGCGUAUGAGGACUACACGGCUGAGGAUACCGGGAUGUCGUUUGGUCUGGACGUGGAGCUGUGGGAAGCAUCGGAAGCGCAGGACGAGCCAGAGCAGGACGAGGUUUGGGACGUGAUACACGGCUUCUAUGAUCACUCAGCGAGUAAGCUACGUGCAGCCACCAUGGUGUCGGACAGGAGCAAUGUGGAUGAAGACUUGGAGCAGUUGAACAUGUCCAUCGAUACACUACAAACACUGCGAAGACUUGAAGCUAAGGAGCGGAAAGCAGCAAAGAACAUGAACAGAAAGUCUACACCAAUCGUACACACGCAUGACGUGCCAUCCGUGCUGGACAUCUUUGGGGACAGAGGAGAAGGUGCCGAGACUCCAGAGGUGACGCCAAUGGACACACCACUCGGCACACAGCCAAGAGGACGAGCUCAGUCAACACCUACUGGCACGAGUGCAGCAGCCAGCAACCAGAGCAGCCUCUCCAAAGUAGUUGACAAUGCCGAAAAGGACUUCCUGGAAGCACCGGUGUUUCGAACACCAACAAUUAACGAAGUCUCGGACACAAGUGAGAACCAAGCCAGCGGUUCAUUGUUUGUCAACCCUAUGUACACGCCAAUAUCACAGACUUGACAAGCAACAGAGAAUGACUAUCCGCUCCAUCACUCUCCAGCAACCAGCAACGCGGAGGAGGAUUUAUGACUGGCAUGGUAUCAGUGGACACUGGAGACACACUCACACACUGGCAUUAGCAGGGUGUACAUGCUCUGUGUGACCUGUACGCCAAAGAAAUACGGCCCACUACUAAGUCAUGAUUGCUAUAGCAUGGGUCCUGGAAGACGUGUGAUCCAUCAAUACUCAGUGUGUUCAGUACAAGCAGCGGCAGUAGCAGCACCACCACCAGUAGCAGCAGCAGUUGUCGGCCAGCUCCAGUGCAAAGCACCACUGGAAUGCGUGUAUACCAACCAACCCCAGGAAGCAUGCUAAAUGCAAGUCCUUGUUGCUAACAGUUGUUCGAGAUGGCAUGGGCCGAUGGGCGAUAUGAGCUCAGGCACAAUGAAUGUGAUAAACGUUUCACCUUCGUAUCCAGAGUAAACUUGAUUUGAAGUGAAAUUCGAACUACCAUCUUGGUGACUACUGAUGGCUGACGAUUUCGUAACCGAUUACUUUUGGAUAUCCGCCGGAACACAAUAACUUGAUCUAACAAUGACUGAGAGAGACCCUGCCAGCAUGUACAUGUAUUACUUGAUCAAACUCACUACCUUGAUAGGACAUUCAUAGCCUUUUCUAAUCAUCAGUGCCUGUAAACGCUAACGAAGCCACUUUAUACACAUAUAUAACUCUUCACUUUUUUUAAACUCCAAAACGGUCUCUUCACUGCGAAAAACUUCACAUUUCACGACAUUUCCGAGCCUGGCUCAACAUCAGGCCAAUGGCCAGGGUGAUCAACAGACUGUUUUAGAAACAGGCUGGACCUCUCCUAUUUCCCAUAUUUUCUAAAACAUUCUCUACUCUAUCCUAUCAGCGUAGCACCGUGGAGACCCCAAAGUUGUCAAAUAUUAUCGGAUAAACUACGAGUCGCACAUGCAGUAAAAAUCUUACUUCCCCACUUUCA